AUGAGUGCAGCGACAUCUAAACUCGACAAUGCCCUCUCAGAGGCCGAGGGUCUUCUUGAUCAAAUCAAGAGUGAUAUGGGUCGCCUUGAUGGCCAGCCAUUGGAUAAGAGGAGAGCCCUUGAUGCUGAAAUUGAAAGAAAGAUUUCUUCACUGGAGAAUCUUCUCAACAAGAUGACAGCUGAUCUUAGGUCAGUAACACAGCAGUCAUCAAAGAGCUUUUAUGAGGGAGAAAUAAAGAAUUAUCGUGCAGAGCAUUCCAAAGUCAUUGAAGAACUUCGCCAAAAACGUCGUGCUGCCGAGAACGAUCCAGCCUUACGUCAGCAACAGCAGCUUGCUAACAACUAUGAAAAGUCAAAUCAAAUUAAUGACAACCUUGAUGAAGCCAUCCGCACUGGUAACAACACUCUCGCCACGGGCAAUACAAUUAUGGCCACACUUGUUGAUGACCGCAAGCAUCUCGAGCAUAUCGACUCAAAUCUUGACAAGAUCGACCAACAGGCUGAACAAGGCAACAAGACAACCAAGGACAUGCUUCGCCGUGCUUGCUGCAACGGUGUUAUUGCUUGGAUCAUUGUCAUCCUUUUAGCUAUAAUAUUCUUUGCUUCUCUUGGAUAUAAGAUUCAUAAGAAUAAUAAUAAAUCAAAAUAA